ACAUGUAAUUCAAGAAGGAUAUUAAAAAAAUCGUGAGAAAAAUUUCGUGGAAAUUGGAAUUGACCUAAAAACGGAAGUCAUUCCGAAAACUGCAACAUGCUACGAGUGUCAGUUCCUUAUCUCUAGGUAACUAGGUUAACCCUAAAUAUGUCGUUACGUAGAUUUCAUGAUCAUCAGCUGUAACUGGUAAUGCAGGUCAUCCAAUUUUGUACGUUCAUUUUGUAAUCAUGCUCUCUUGUUGAGAUAUCAGUUUUAUGCUCAGUAACUAAAUUAUUUAGUCUAAAUAAGAUGGAUUCGUCAUUGGGGAACCUGCAGCCAGUACGUCGUGCCCCACCACCUCCUCGUCAGCUGCCGCCUGUAAAAUUAACAGCAGCAGGUGACAAGACCACUCACACCAAAUCUUCCAAGCCAGAGGCUCCGUCACCAACUCCCCGUUCAAAACCUCUUACAAUGUCUUUCAUACGACGCAACACUAGAGGCGGUCAUGUCAAUGGUAAUAAGAAAGAACCACCUCCGCGUCCUCCACCUCCUAAACUGGGAAUACAUUGCAAUGUCUUUCCCUUUGGAAGAUUGAAGUCAAAGUUAUACUUUAGGCUGCAGAACAACGUCCCAGAGUGUACAGAAAACGGCGAGGCUAUACUCAUCGACCUCUCCCCAUCCCCCUCCAAGAACAUUGUUCCUCCAAGUAAACCAAGUAAUCAACACAACGGUCACGGCAGCACCCGACCUAUGAACUCUAACCACACCAAACCAAAACUCACUGAACCUGUGUCUCUUCUCGAUGCUCCCUUGUCUUCCUUUGCUCAAGACUUUCAUACCAAUGGCUUUGCCAAUAAUCAAGAGGUAGAUCCUUUCGGUUCAAUUGAAGAAGACAAUCUACCUUUAAAUAAUUUCGGUCCCAAACCUCCAGUGUCUGUAUUUCCUGAACCUCCUUCCAGGAACUACAAUGGCUUAAAAAGCGAGUUCGAAUCAACGACUAUUGAUUGGAAUGCUUGCAAAAAUCCCAGCGUCAUUCCUGCAAAUGAUCCUUAUAGUCCUGUCUCUCAGUCUCGUUUCUACUCUGAUACUAUCGCACCGACGGUUAAAGACAGUGUAAGAUCGGGUGUCUCGCAACCCGAAACUGGCGUCCAGAAUACAGCGCCCACUGUUGUUAAGAAGAAACCAACCAUAAUCAAACCCAAGAACACAACUGUUAUGUGCGUGGCUCCAAAUCCGGUGUCUAGCGUCACCAGCCUUCACGUUGAUGAAACCACUCAGCAGCGCUCUACUACCGAUUCUACAAUUUAUGCCGUUGCUGAGUUUGAUUAUGAAAGUGCUGAACCUGGCGACUUGUGCUUAAAGGAAGGGGAUGUCAUCGAGGGCGUGUCAGUGGUGAACAACGAGUGGCUAGAGGGGACGCUACAUGGCAGACGGGGAAUUUUCCCUGCUUCAUUUGUCAAGGUCACGACAGGAGUUGAACAAACUUAUCCAGAUGUUUCGAGGGAUUUUGCUGCUGCUGGUUCUUCCUGUCAGACUUAUGCUCUCUACGACUUCUCACCUGAACUUCCAUCCGACUUACCUUUGAAGGAGGGAGCAGUGGUGACUGUGACGGCCGUGGUGGAGGGCGGUCAGUGGCUGCUCGGCGAGAGCGAGGGGCGCUCGGGACAGUUUCCUGCCAAUUUUGUGGCGCAUGUGCCAAAUGAUUUACCAGUUGUUACAUUAUAAUUAAAGUUUAAGUAGGCUGUUACUCUAGUAUGUGAAAUUCUACCGGCAAUUAAUUGGCCAUUGAUAAUCUUAAUCAAAUCCAUCACCAGGAAUUAUAUAGUAUGCAGUCAGUUAAGUAUAGAAUUUAUUAAUUUAUUUAUAAUUUCUUUGUAUUUAAAGCUCGUGUGUACGGUUACUCUGUAAUCAGAUCUUUGAUAGAGAAUUAUACGAUAAAAAUUGUUGUAGUAAACUAUUUUAUAUAUAAACCUAUAUCAUAUAUGAGAAAUAGUUAGCUCCGUCUUAAGUUAUACAAUUCAUGUUAUCUUUCAAGUUUCCCUGCAUCGUUUGUUCCUGAAUUAGUUAUUACAGUGUCAUAUCUGACCCAAUAAAUUUAAUUCAGACAAA